UGCUGCUGCUGAGAAAUCAUAACAAUCAACAAAAGCCGACGUAAAAUUACAUAAAAUUAAUCCGUUCUCAAGUAAAUUUGAAAUUUGAGAUUUUAAUCUCCACAAACUUUGGAUAAAAGUAAAACGGCUCGGUGACAAAUUCUGAAAUUCAUCACCACGGCGAUAGAGUCACAUACGUUUACAUUUUGGUAACAAUCGUAACCCUGUUUCUAAGAGCAAAGAGUUUGCAGUUUGGUAUAUCGAAAAGUAGUCACACUAAACAUUUUGCAUUUUCCUUCCGGUGCUCGAAUUAUUAAAAAUAAUGGGGAACGAUUUCAAAGAAGACUGUUCCAUACAUCGAAGAAUAUUCAAAUGUACGGAUGCUGUUGUUAAACCAAAAUACAAUACGGAUUGCGAGAUGUGGUCGGUUAUCCUGCCUUGUCGGGAAGGAUAUAAGUACACUAUUGGCGAUAAGUUCAUCUUACGUGGGGCGCAGGGCGAAUUCGUCUUCCUGAAUUUGAAACCCGUCAAGUGGAACUGGAGCCCGACGUCACUGGUGGAAAUUUACUGUGAAUCUGGCAGAUACUUUAUCAAACCAGGCGAGGGAAAUCUAGUAAUGAAAAACGGUGUAAUCCUUGAUACCACGGCGAGAAGGUUGCUGUGUUUUGGCGCUGAGUUGGGGUUUGCAAAAUAUCGUAACGACAUUUCCGGUGGACUUGCCAUGUUCACUUUUGAGAAACGAGAGUAUGCCACUAAUUGGGAUCAGUCCAGGAUAAUGAGACAAAAUUCGGGUGGAUCUGGGCUGGAAAAUAGUGCUGGAUUGAAUUUCAAUCCGGGUCAAAAUCAAGUGAUAUUCUCCCACAUUCUGUCCUUUCUCUCCAUGGGAAACUUACUGAACGCCCGACUAGUUUGCAAACAGUGGGGCGACCAAGUGACCCCCAUCGUGCGGAAGAAAUCCAUCAUAAAUUUUGCUUCUUGGAUGAUCACUCCGUCCCUGCGAUUUACCCGGUACGUCCACGAAAUGAAAAACGUCGCACCCUGGCCAAAUUGGCAGAUUCACUGCCCCUACUCCGUCCCUGCCCAAGGUAACGACGAGAAAGGUCAAGCAACCAAGUAUUUCGCUGAUUUGAACUGGUUUCUCAACCCGCGCUGGGAACACCACGUGAAGACCUUGUCGCUAAGCGGGAACAUCCACUCCAACCCAGAUUACGGCGUUUAUAUCAAAAUCGUCACUCUCUUUAAAGAUACUUUGGAAGAAUUGAGUGUCAGCCUCCACAUGCAAAUUUUCCACGAUGAUGAACACCAAGAAAUCUAUUCUUCGAAGGGUGACCUGGUUUUCAAAAAUUUGAGAAAGCUUUCAAUCUACAUAAAUACUAAUGACGACCCGCGAACGUUGCCAUUAACAAGGGCGUUUUCCACACCUUGGAUGAAAACUUGGGCAGGCGCAGUUAAGCGUGUGGAUUCUUUGGACGUGUCCGGAUUAGCCUUGCUGGGGUCAAAAUUUGUCGAAGAAUUGCUAAAAGUGGGGGCUUAUUAGGGCCUACCUCAGAAAGAAAAAUAUUGAUUUCGUACCAAAAGAUAUCAACCCACCUAAUGUACCCCAACUCCGCCCAAUCGAAAAAUUCUGGGCACGUUCUAAGUCAGUAUACUCCCGGCUUCAAGAUGUGCC